AUGGCCAUCGCCAUGGGCUGGCAUAAGCCCGACAAUGUCGCUGGCUCGUCGGCGCCAGCCAUCAUGGUCGGCCUCUUUGUCGCUUCUGGUGGAUUGCUCUUUGGUUACGAUACUGGGGCCAUCAACGGUAUUCUUGCCAUGGAUGAGUUUAAACAAAAGUUUGGAACAUGUAAUGAUCGAACCAUAAACGACGACAUUUGCGCCAAAGACUCGGCCCUCAUUGUCGCCAUUCUUAGCGUCGGCACCGCUCUUGGAUCCCUCCUCGCCGCCCCCCUUGGUGAUACUCUCGGACGUCGACGAAGCAUGCUCCUCUCUGUAGCCAUUUUCUGUAUUGGAGCCAUCCUGCAAGUCUCUGCUGAGGGAUCUGCCGCCUUGUUAGCCGGAAGGUGCUUGGCUGGCCUCGGUGUUGGUGCCGUGUCAGUCCUCAUUCCCUUAUAUCAGUCGGAAAUGGCUCCCAAGUGGAUACGUGGUACCCUAGUCUGCGCCUAUCAGCUCUCCAUCACCAUAGGACUUCUCUCUGCCUCCAUCAUCAACAUCAUCACUUCCAAAAUCAAAUCCCCAGCCGCCUACCGAAUCCCCCUUGGACUCCAGCUCGUCCCCGCCCUCAUCCUAACCGGAGGUCUCAUACUCCUUCCUGAAACUCCUCGAUUUCUAGUUAAAAAAGGCAACAAAGAGGCCGCUGGCCUUUCGCUCAGUCGCCUCCGACGCCUCGAUAUCACCCACCCAGCCCUCCUCGAUGAACUUCAGGAAAUCGUCGCCAAUCACCAGUACGAACUAACACUAGGCCCGGACUCGUACAAGGAACUCUUCCUCACCGGCAUCAACUUCAUCAUGUACUAUAGCACCACGUUCUUCGGCGGUUCGGGCGUCGACAGCCCCUACACCAAAUCGCUCAUCAUCCAAAUCAUCAACUUCGUGUCCACCUUUGUCGGCCUCUUUGUCAUAGAGUCCUGGGGUCGACGAAAGUUACUGAUAGUCGGCGCCAUCGGCAUGGCUUGCUGCCAACUGCUGAUGGCCUCAUUUGCUGCUGCCGCUGGCGAAGGCCUCAAGGAGGCAUCUACUACUAUACUAAUUGUCUUUUGUUCCAUCAACAUCUUCUUCUUCGCUGCGUCCUGGGGCCCUGUGGCGUGGGUCGUAACGUCGGAGAUCUACCCCCUCAAAGUCCGCGCAAAGUCCAUGUCCAUUUCAACGUUUUCCAACUGGGUACUCAACUUUGGUAUCGGAUACAGCACGCCCUUCCUGGUGGGCAGCGGUCCGGGCACGGCUGGCUUUGGUACCAAAAUCUUUUUCAUAUGGGGGGCCUUUUGUAUCCUCGCCGUUUUCUUUGUCUGGGCUAUGGUGUAUGAGACGAGUAAAAUCAGCUUGGAGCAGAUUGACGAAAUGUACGAACGAGUGGAUCAUGCCUGGAAUAGUAGGAGUUUCGAACCCAGCUGGAGCUUCCAGCAGAUCCUCGACGAGGGCUGGUCACCUAGCGCCCAACCUCCACCAGAUCAUGAACUACAAACGACGACCUCGCAAUCAAGCGCCGAUACCACCCUGGGCGACUCAAAUUCAGUCACCAUCCACAUGCCCCCCAACGCCCAUCUAGGGGACGGCAACGAAAUCACGACGGCAUCAAACGACAAUAAGGAGUCGGUACCGACGAUGGCACAUGUCGACUUUAGCUAUUGA